ACACUAUCUGCGUCGUUACAGCGUCUUUGCCACUUCAGUCAGAUCAGCUUCUUCUCCUUCAAAUCCGCACGUAUUUAUGCAACCUACUAAGGGUGUGGCUGGGAAAAGAGCAGCGACAAAUUUUGGAUUUUACUUUUGACGCAAUCAGCCUCCAGCACCAUGGCUUUGAUGAGAUCUUUGAUGCAGCAGACGCUGUAUGUGGGCAUGACCGAUGACUCAGUCUCACAAAACCAGGGGACAGUGAAGCCAGCACCAAAUUUCAACCCCAGUGCAGAUGUAGCAGCACUGGAUAAGGCCAUCAAGGCGAAAGGGGUGGAUGAGGACACCAUUAUUGAAGUUCUGGUGAAAAGGUCCAAUGACCAGAGACAGACCAUCAAAGAGACUUACCAGAAGACCUGUGGCAAGCCUCUGGAAACGGCGCUGAAGAAUGCUCUGAAGGGAGAUCUGGAGGAGGUUGCGCUGGCUCUACUGAAAACACCGGCCCAGUAUGACGCCCAGCAGCUGAAACUGGCUAUGAAGGGUCUGGGAACUGACGAGGACACCCUGGUAGAAAUUUUGGCUUCCCGAACCAACAGAGAACUCCAGGCUAUAAAGAAGGCCUACAAGGACGAAUACAAGAAGGAUCUGGAGGUUGACAUCAGGUCUGACACUGGUGGAGACUUCAGGGCUGCCCUCCUUGCUCUCUGCAAGGCCAGCAGGACUGAAGGAGUUUCUGAGCAGCUGGUUGACAACGAUGCCAGGGCUCUGUACGAGGCUGGGGAGGGGAGGAAGGGCACUGAUUGUUCCGCCUUCAUUGAGAUCCUCACCACCAGGAGUGACGCUCAUCUCCGUAAAGUAUUUAGCAAGUACUCCAGUUACAGCAAAGUGGACAUGGCCAAAGCUAUUGACUUGGAGCUGAAGGGAGACAUUGAAAAUUGUCUCACAGCAUUAGUGAAAUGUGCUGGAAGCAAGCCUGCCUUCUUUGCUGAGAGGCUCAACUUGUCCAUGAAGGGUAAAGGUACCCGCAAACCUAUCUUGACCCGCAUCAUGGUGAGCCGCUCUGAAAUUGACUUGAAACUGAUCAAGGAUGAGUACAAGAAAAACUAUGGGAAACUACUUUGCCAGGAUAUAAUGGAUGAUGUUAGCGGAGACUACGAGAAGAUUCUGGUUGCUCUCUGUGGGGGUAACUAAACUAACAGCCAAUAUCAGCAUCAAGUUCAGCUAUGGAAAAGCCUAUGAUCGCUUAACACCUGUUGAGCCCUCUGGUCUUGUGGAUACCUGACAAGUCUUUUUCUCUUUGUGACUGCUAUUACAUGUAUAUGAUAUUAGCUGCAAAGAUUUAAGAGUAAAUCUGUCCUGCAGAUAUUUUUGCUCCUGUUAUUCCUUUCUUUCCACUUGUAUCCCAGCAGUUUGACCAUAACUAUAUAAUAUGUCACAGAUUUAACAUUACACUUAUUAGGUUCUGGUGCUUGAAAGGAAGCUGAAAUUAGUGGUCACCUUGUAACUGCAUGAUGUACACUGCAGCCUCUGAUUAAAGAUUUACAUAUGCUGAUUACAUUCAGCAGCAGAAGAAUGAUGAAGGAAUGUGGACAUUCUGCAAAUAAAACCUUUUGUAUGA